AUGCUUCAAGGUGUGCGGCGCUCCCUCCCAGCGGGGGCGUCAUCCAGACCCGUUGGACGUCUCUGGAAGGCCGUCUUCGCCGUCGCGGUGUUCGUAUCAAUGGCGAUGGCGGCAUCACCGGCGUCCUACCCAUACACGCCAGCAACGUUCCUCCUGCCGCCGGCAGACGGCUUGUCGACACAGCAAGAUGGCCACCUUGCCUAUCUCAUCACGCCCAACGGCAAAACUGUCGACAUACGAUCUCUGGACAUCUCGUCGGCUCUAGAUGCUGCAUCCCUCAAAUUCAACACCAUUCAGUCUGGCCUGCCCUUCUUGGACUCUUCCAGUAGCACAAACACUGCCUUCUCCUCCUCGAUACUCGAGAAUGGCACCAUUGCAGUCUUCGCUGGUGACUGCUCGUCUGGGUCCAGCACCAAAAUCUGGACCUUUUCGCCCCCCAACUCGACCUCAAGCUCGUCCAACCCUUGGACCACUUACACUAUCUCAACAUCAAGCACGGUCAGCGCGGACAAGCUGGGGCCGUCAUUUCUUGGCCAGAACAUCGCAUUCUCCUCCCAGAUCGAGCCCUCUGUCUCACAGCCUGUCAUCUACUCGUAUGGCGGAAUGUGUCCAUCUUCAGAUGGGAGGACUGCUUCUACCUGGCAGAGCUCCAGCCAGUACUCCAACCAGAUGCUCAAGCUUACACCUGGCUCGGACACAGCAUAUUCUGCAAGCUUGAUCACGAGCAAAGGGCCUCCUAUUGCUGAGGCCGGCUUCACGUUUACCUCCCUUACGCCAUCCAUCUCCAAUAGGUCAGGCAUUGUGACCCAACAAGUCAACUAUGUGCUGUUAGGAGGCCACACCAAGCAAGCCUUCAUCAACAUGAGCACGGCGGCGGUCUGGAGCUUGCCCGAGGAGAAUUGGUCUUUCACGCCCAUCAGCGCGCCCGAUACUGCCAACACCGAGUUAGCCAAGAAGGAAGGUGCUGCCAAGAGAUCAUUGCCGACCAGUGUCGAUAGCAGAUCCGGACACACUGCUGUUCUCGCCGAGGAUGGAAACGCCCUCAUCAUCUUCGGCGGUUGGGUUGGUGAUGUCUCCCAGGCAGCUGAGCCUCAGCUUGCUGUCCUGGAGAUGGGGGCCGGUUAUGGCCAGUGGCAGUGGCGUAUCCCGUCGUCCCAACCCUCUGGAAAUGGUAUUUACGGUCACGCGGCAGCCCUUCUUCCAGGAAAUAUGAUGAUGAUAUACGGGGGUUAUAGCAUCUCUGGGUCGACAUCCAAGCGCGAUGCGACACCAAUGUUCUUGAACCUGACCAGUUUUACGUGGUCGAAUACAUACACGAACCCUUCUCACGACUCAUCCACCACGAGCAAAUCGUCGCCCGGUUCUGACUCCAAAACAACGAAACUUGGUCUGGGCUUGGGUUUGGGCCUUGGAAUUCCUCUGCUUCUUUUACUCCUGUCACUCGGUUUCUGCAUGCGACGCCGCCACCGGGUUCAAGCUCGACGGCGUGAUGCCGCAGUGAAAGCCUUGGCACAGGAUCACGCCCAAUUUCUUCACGGAGAAGACGACGACAUGGUAGAGGUAGAUAGGGGGGCAGCUUUCCCCUUCGAAUGGGGCUCGGCGACCAGGAGUUGGUACACCGGCGGAGAUGACCCCUAUGUCAGGGGUGGGCGCUCUCUCGGGUACGAGUCUUUACGCGGAUCGCGACCUGAACAGACUUUCCAACCUUUGCCCCACCCGAAAGAAGUGUUGAGGAAGCCCUUGAGGAACACCGCCCGAGGGCUAUACCAGCCAACAACCAUAGCCGAUUACGAAUCCCGUGCUGGCCAAAGGGGAGCCGGCAACAUUCAUCCUAUCUACGAAGCCGACGAGGACGGUGGCGAGGGGCCGGUGAAGGAGAGUCCCGAGAAUGAAGAUCCAUUCAUGACGCCGACAGGAGCAGUAGGUGCUAACAGCGCUCGCUCUCUGGCUACCCCUAGUCCCGAUGGCUCUCAUGCAAAGGGGCAAGAUAGGGAGGUGCAGGACUGGGUCUCGGAUGUUGACACCGGGGACGUCAUGAUGGCCGCUAGGUACGGUGGUCAGGGCGUGACGGCGCAACAUUCACGACGGCUCUCACCCACGAGACGAGCCAGUACGAGGUCGAAGGCAAGCAGUCCGACAAACGCCAGCUUUAAUGGAGAUGACGAAGCCAGGACUGCCAGCAACCUGUCCGACAAGAGUGCCCUCAGCUUUAUGCAGAAUGUCUCCCGAUCUGCCUCCAUCCGUCUCGGCCUCGGAGCCGUACCGAUCACCAAGGAGGAUGGGCGACUGGGUAGCAGCUCCGGUAGCAGCAACAGCAGCCACACCUACAACACAGCUAAAACCACAUUCCCAGCCUUGCAAGCCGAAGGGCCGGCCUUGUUGCAAGGGCGGUCUCGGGACGAAGGUGCGAGAGAUGACGACGACUAUAUGGGGCUCCCCGGCAGCCCCAGCAAGAGCAAGCCGCCGCGACGGAAUUGGCUCGGCAGUCUGCGGCGCGUGUUCAGCUCGUCCGGCACGGGCUCUUCUGGCACGAGUCGGGACGGCAGCCCCUCACGUAGUCUGGACAGCAGCAGCGGUGACUACGAGCCGCGAAACGUGGGGCUGGCCGAGAUGCCUAAUGCAACACUGUUGCGGCGCAAACAAGGGCGCGCGGAUUGGGACCAGGCAUCGAUCCACGAGAAGACUGGGCCAAGCGACGAGUGGGAUGUGGAACGGGCGGUGGAACAGCGCAUGGUGCAGAUCAUGUUCACGGUGCCGCGUGACAAGCUUCGCGUCGUGAAUGCCGAGGUCGAGAAGGAAGAGGAGGAGGCUGAGGUGUUCAACGCAAGGAGCGGCAGCGAUGAAGAACAAGAGAUGGACCUCGGGGAGCAAAGUCGGAUGCUUGCACCAGAGCCAGACUCGUUGGACACGCCAUCGCGCCAGCACCAGCACGAGGGUCUUAUGGAUGAAUCAAACUAUUUUGAUCCUGUGAUCAGCGAGAAGGUACCCUGGGACGAUGACAACCACGAGGUCAUGCGGGUGCCGACUCCGCCCAUGGUCAGAGGGGAGGAUCUGGAGAAGACGGAUCCAGUACAGUACGCAGGGGACAAGCGCCAUUCGGAUUACUACGACGAGGACGAGUGGGAGGACAUCAAGCCCUUCUCACCGCCGAUGUCCUCGGCACCGGAGAUGGAGCAGGCCACCAGGCACGAGGACCCGCCGACGCCCCUUAUGACAGCUGAGGCGGUCCGGCUCAAGCGGCCGGGGUCCCGAGUGAUGGAGAUUGUCCAACAGAUCGAGAGCCAGAGCCGGCAUGGGAGCCCUCCUGUCUAA